AUGUCUCUAGAAUAUGCUGAUUCUAUAAUUAUGAAUAGUAACGAAAAUAACACAAAUAUAAAUAAUAAAGGAGAGGAACGACCAAUACCGUCAAGUAGUGACAUUUUACAAAAGGAAUCAACAGACUUAUCGCAUUCUUCAAGAGGUGUAGAGACAAUUGAAACUGUACGAAAUGAAAUAAACCACUUUAUUCAUGGAAUUUCUUCACCUGAUACCACAACUCACCUAAGUCCACUUGAAUCUAUUCUCCAAAUUCUAAAGAAGUAUUCCAAAUUUAUUGGACCAGGCUUGAUGGUCUCUGUUUCUUAUAUGGAUCCGGGGAAUUAUUCAACAGCAGUUGCCGCCGGUGCAGCACAUAAAUAUAAACUAUUAUUUUCUAUUUUAGUAUCCAAUUUUAUGGCAGCUUUUUGGCAAGCAUUAUGUGCAAAAUUAGGUGCAGUAACAGGCUUAGAUUUAGCUCAAAAUUGUCGUAAACACUUCCCGCAUGGAGUAAAUAUCACUUUAUAUAUAUUAGCGGAGAUUGCUAUUAUAGCAACAGAUCUGGCAGAAGUGGUUGGUACUGCAAUCUCACUAAAUAUUAUAUUUGGCAUUCCUUUGGCUAUAGGUGUGAUACUAACUGUGGUAGAUGUGUUAAUUGUGUUACUCGCGUAUAAACCUAAUGGUUCAUUAAAAAUAGUGCGUCUCUUUGAAGCUUUUGUAUCACUCCUAGUUGUUUUAACUGUUAUAUGUUUUGCUAUAGAAUUAUUUUAUGCAGAUUUGGGGUCUACUAAAAAAGUAUUUAAUGGAUUUUUACCAAGUAAAGCUGUGUUCGAGGGAGAUGGCCUUUAUUUAUCUCUUGCUAUAUUAGGGGCAACAGUGAUGCCACAUUCUUUAUUCUUAGGAUCAGGUGUUGUACAACCAAGGCUAAGAGAUUAUGAUAUCAAAAAAGGUUACUAUAUGCCAGAUCUUAAUGAUAUUGAAAAUAAUCAUGAUAAUUAUAAACCGUCCUUUGAGGCAAUAAAUGAAACCUUACACUACACGGUGGCAGAAUUGUUGAUAUCUCUUUUCACAGUGGCAUUAUUUGUCAAUUGUGCUAUUUUGAUUGUAGCAGGUGCCACACUAUAUGGUACCACGCAAGAUGCUCAAGAAGCUGACCUAUUUUCAAUUUACAACCUUUUAUCUACGACUUUAUCGAAAGGCGCAGGCUUAAUCUUUGUGCUGGCUCUAUUAUUUUCUGGUCAAAGUGCAGGAAUUGUGUGUACAUUAAGUGGUCAAAUGGUAAGUGAGGGGUUCCUUAAUUGGUCGGUUUCUCCAACAAUUAGAAGAUCGAUUACAAGAGCUGUAGCUAUUACACCGUGUUUGAUUUUAGUCCUUGUUGCUGGGAGAAGUGGACUAUCUGGAGCUUUGAAUGCAUCUCAGGUGUUGUUAUCUUUGUUAUUACCAUUUGUCUCAGCUCCAUUAAUCUAUUUUACUUGUAACAAAAAAAUAAUGCGUGUUCAAAUCAAUCCAAAUAAUACUCAUAAUAAUAAUAGUGGAAAUAAUAAUAAUAAACAUACACAAAAUCGAAUUACUUCGCUUGGCAAUAGUUUACUAGGAUAUGAUGUUUCUUAUGAACCACUUAAACAAGAUAUUGGCAGUGAAGAGUAUCUAGAAAUGCAUGAUAUGAAUACGUCAAACCAUAGUGAAUCUAGUAAUACAGACAAUGCCGCAAUACACUACAAAGACAUGAGCAACAGCCUUAUUACAACUAUAUUAUCGAUAUUGGUUUGGAUCAUUAUCUCUACAUUGAAUUUCUACAUGUUAAUAAGUUUUUCAUCUGGACGAGACAUCCACUUCUAA